CGACUGAGUUAUUGUAAAAACAAAUACGUCAAAGUUGACGUUAAUUAAUUAAUUAAUUAACGAUUUGUCAAACAUGACUGCUUAAAUCGGGGUGAAGAAAUUAAUCGUCUUUUAUUUAUUAAAUGCGUUAAACCAAUUUCGAAAUGCCUCACUGCAAGGAGAUAAAAUUAGGGGCGGUAUGGAGGACCUGCAACAAAAUUCGUGCUGCUAUAUUUAGGCUUGGCUUGAAUUUAUGGGAUUACUUUUUGCCUUUGGAUCCACAGAAAAACUGUUUAAUUUCUGAAUCUCAGUUUAUAUCAGUCCUAUCUGGUCAAUUAAGAAGCACAAUUGGUUUAUCGGAACAAGAAAUUACUGAACUAGCGGAUUAUUUCAGAGUACAAGAUGGCCGAAUAUUCUACACACAACUAUGUGAAGUUAUGCAUGACAGUGUACCGGAUUUUGCCCAAAACAGCCCCUUAGUGAACGGUCUAGAGUGGGAAGACCCCCUACAUGUCAACAGGUUGAGUUUAAGCGAGGAAAGGAGGCUAAACAUCUUAAUAACUAAAAUAGCAUCCAUUGUUAAUAUGAGGAAACUCAUCUUAAGACCAUUUUUUCAAGACUAUGAACUAGUGGCCAAAAAUAAUGGCGUUGUUACCAUCGGACACUUCGCCAGGGUGUUGGCUUACUUAAACAUACUUUUGUCAGCUGAUGACUUCCAUUUACUAGUAAAAAAGUUCAUCAAAGACAGUUACACCAUAAACUACAUAGCUUUCAUUGCUGCCAUAGAAGAAGUGGUGAACUACAUGAACGAAAACGGAAUAAUGGACCUGGGAGGCGACGUACUGAGUUUGUUCCCCGGAAGGAUCAUCAACUCGGAACUGCCGAAGCUGCCCAGGCCUGAAAUCGGCAAGAUCAGCGCAGCCAGCGUCUUUGGAAAGCAGACGAUCUUCCAUCCGGUCCUCAACGAACCCAAAAGGAUGGAGCAACUUCUGAUACUGAUACACCGAAUCCAGAGACACGUUCUGGAGAACCGCAUACGAGUGUCCGAGUUUUUCAAGCAUUUCGACCCCUUGAACUGCGGCAAGAUCACGGUGAACCAGUUUCACCGAGGGUUGGACAGUCUCGGUGUCAGUGGGCUCAACAAACUCUUCCUAUCCCUGACUGAAAUAGAAACUGUCAUGAUGCAAUAUAGAGACCCGUCGGACCCGACCAGGAUUUGUUGGAGGACCUUCGAAGAUGACAUUGAUCAAGUGUUCACCACGAAGGAGCUGGAGAAGCGUCCCAGCAAAAUUGUGGAAGCUCCCCCAAGAGAUAUUGUUGAGUUGCCCAGGAAGGGGGCCAAAAACUGGCAAUCAGUCAACGCCUGCUCGAGGGAACUGUGCGAGGAAGCCGUCGAUAAAGUUAAACAAAAGACCAUGAAACGAAGGAUCUUAUUGAAGCCAGUUUUCAGAGACUACGACAAGAACAACAACGGGCAUGUAACAAGGAACCAAAUGAGGCAAGCCUUACAUUCGAACGGAAUUCUAUUGUCGGAUGAGGAGCUGUUCUCGUUGGAGGAAAGAUUCAACAACGACAUGGGCUUUAAUUACUUCUGGUUCUUGCGGGAGGUCGAUCCCAAGCCACAUGAAGAAGCUUUGUACACUGGCUUCGUCGAGGAAAUGAGGAAGCUGAACAAAGAGAAACCAAAGUCCAAGCCGACACGCCAAGAACGUGACAUAGUCCAAAUAAUGGCCAAAGUUAAGGGCAAGGUGGUGAGGGAAAGGAUAAGGAUCCUAGAUUUCAUGCGGGACUUCGACAAGUGCAACGAGAACGUGAUACUCAGGGAGAACUUCAAGAGGGCCUUGUCCACCGCAGGCCUGGACGUGUCCCAGGCCGAAAUCGAAACUCUAAUGGAAGUAUUUGGCUCACCGAUGCGUCGUGAGUGCGUGGACUACAGACGGUUCUCCGAAGCUGUGGAGGAGGCCUUCACUCAGUCGGACUUGGAGAGGGCACCGUUGAUUGUGCCAGUCCAGCAUAUUCCGUCCAAGGACUGCGAGAAGAACUUCCUUAACUUCGACGAACGUAACACCUUGGGCAUAGCCAUGCAGAAGCUGUCCAAGAAGCCGGACUUGCAAAUGAAUUUGUAUCCAGUCCUGAAGGAUUAUGACAAAGAAAACUGCGGAACAAUAUCCGAACACCAGUUCCAAAAGGCCCUAAUCCUACGCGGAAUGAUGGAUCUGAUAUCGCCGAACGAGUUUGAAGUUAUUUGCAAAUGCUUCAGCUUCGAGCGUGGAAUGCGACCGGAGAUCGACUACAGAGCAUUCAUGAAAGCGCUGGACAUAUUGUACGCCACCGACAAAUACAAUCCGUUUUAGGAUCCUUUCAUCGCAGCACACUUUCAUGCAUGUUAUUUCAUUUAGUCGUUAUAUUAAAAUGCUUGUCUUUA